CUCUCAUGUCUUGUCAGCCGGUGGCAUUUCCCCCUUGCCUGGGGGGAAGUAUACUCUCUAACUACUGCUCAGGUCCAAACUAAGUGCACAUUGAAUUUAAAUGUACCGAGCCUUGUUAUUGUACAAAGCCCCCCAAAUGCCAGUGCAGGAAUUUAAGGUAUGCUGCACAGAGAAAUUGUUCCUAUGAGCAUGUGAUUAAUAAACCCGCCUGAAAGGAUUAGAGGCACUUUUCCCUGAGGAACUUUGUAAUGGCUUGACAAGCCUUCUCCCUCAAGUAACUGCUAGUGGCACCCAUGCUAUUCUGAGUCUGCCCAUUCAGGAUUAUAUGAAGGGCAUGUCUUUCUACCCGCCAUACAAAAUAUGCAGAGUGCAUUUUGGACUUAGGUCCCCCGAACAUCUGCCAGACAGCUUUUGUCCAGCUGUGUCUGCCACUGGAGUUGUGGUAAAGGGUUAGAAAGAGAAGAAGAGACAAUGUAGGCCCAGGGUAUCUCACAUGUGAGUGCAGUGAGGUCCAAUGGAAAAUAAUAGAAAACAAGUAAAAGAAACCAUGACGUGCAUGGAUAAGCACCAGGUGGUUGGGGUGCUUCGUCAAAUGGAGAAGUUUCUGAAAGGCCAGGAGAUCCGGUUUACGGAGGGCCUCAGGAUCAUGAAGUCAAAGCUGGCAACACUUCAGAACUCUGUCUCCAAGCUACCUCAAGCAGACCAGUCAGCUGCUCCCACCACCUGCCCUUCUCUGGAAGCCCCUGCUCAUGGAACCAAGUUUGGCUCAAAGUACUUUGUUGGACAUGAGGUUCACUUCACUUGUUUUCAGGGCUACCAUCUUGUCGGUUCUGCCACUCGUGUCUGCCAGGACAACAGUACCUGGACUGGCAUCAGUGCCAUUUGUAAAGAUAUAAGUGAGUGUGCCAGUAAUCCCUGUCAAAAUGGAGGUACCUGUGUGGAAGGCGUUAACCAGUACAAAUGCACUUGCCCCCAGAACUGGAGUGGCUCUCACUGCCAGCACCAAACCCAGACAGCACCACCUGAAUGGAGUGUUAUGAAUGAUCCAGCAUUCAGCCGGAGACCUCGCUGUGCCCAAGUGAACCAUGCCCAACACUGUAGCUGUGACGCAGGCUUUCACAUGAGUGGCACCUCUGACAACAGUAUUUGUCAGGAUGUAAAUGAGUGUGAAGUCUAUCGGCUGGACCAAGGAGGGAAGCUGUGCGUCCAUGAGUGUGUGAAUGUGCCAGGCUCGUACCAUUGCUCUUGCCCCAGCGGCUACAAGUUGCUCCCAGAUAGGCGGAGCUGUGAGGAUGUGGACGAGUGUUUAAGCCAGCAGCACAACUGUAGCCACGGGACAACUUGUAUCAACACAGGCGGAGGCUUUCAGUGUGUCAACCCAGAGUGCCCCCGUUCUCAUGGCCACAUCAGCUACGUCAAGACAUCCCCCUUUCAGUGCGAGAGAAACCCCUGCCCCAUGGACAGCCGGUCCUGCCACCUGGCCCCUAAGACCGUGUCCUUCCACUACCUGUCUCUGCCCUCCAACCCUCAGACUCCUGCCACUCUCUUCCGCAUGGCAACCGCCUCCGCCCCAGGGCGCACCGGGCCAGACAGCCUGCGCUUUGGCAUAGUGGGUGGAAACUCCCAAGGCAUCUUUGUCAUGCAGCGCUCAGACAGACAGACUGGUGAACUGAUACUGGUCCAGUCGCUGCGUGGGCCGCAGGAGAUCAGCGUCGAUGUGGACAUGUCCGAGUACAGCGACCGCACCUUUCAGGCCAAGCACGUGGCCAGGGUCCACAUUCUGGUUUCACCUUAUAACUUCUGAGCUUGCAAAGGAUGAAGGCUAGAGGCAAAGCUGAAGAGGAACAACAAAGAGUGUGUAAUGGCGCACUGAGUUUGCUGAUAGUGUAUCUUCAACCCUUAUCAGAAAUGCAUUUGUCUUAGUAAUUGAGGCCAGCAUUUGUUCAGUGACCAAAUUACCAAAACAGAGCGACAAGCCAAUAUUUAACAUUUAUAUUAAAAAUAACAGUAUAGGCCUAUGGCAAAACACAUCAUAGAUCUCAUACUGACACUUCAACAAUGUCAAUAUGAGCUUUGAUGAUGUUUGACUGAGUGUGUUUGAAUGCAUGAAAAUUUGCUAAACAAAAGCAUAAUGAGUGGCUUGAGAAUGGAUGGAAUGGAUUCUUGCUAUUGUUACAUUGCUGUCGCUUUGUGUUUGUAUUACUAGGUUCGACAUAGAUCAUGUAUGUGUAGCUCAGGGUCAGGCCCCGGGGCUGAUGCACUGCCCUUGCUUUAUUGAUGAUGAGUCCUUAGAAGACAUUAGUGCUCCUGUGGCUCUAAUUUAUUGGAAGUAUUGUUGCUGUUUUUUACAUUGUAACAUAUCGUAUGCCACGUUUAUCUUCCAUCAUAUACUGUAUAUUUGUUUUUUGUACUAGCUUGCCUUGUUUAAGGCUCCAUUCAUUAUACUAAGGGAGUUUUUUUAAACAGUAGAUGCAGUGCUGUACUGUACUGUGGGCAUAUUUUCUCUAUUACUCAUAUUCUGUAUGUUACCCAGAAAUAGUCUCAAUAUAUCCAACAGCAAAAAUGAUUUGACCAGCUUGCCAAUGCACUACACAAUUUAUCUGGAAUUUUAAUUGCUACGUAGCAUAACUGAAAUAAAGUCAGUCCAACAUUUCAGCAUUUGUCAGAACUACCUCGCUUGAUGCUGAACAGUGUGCUAUUAAAUGUCCUUGUGGCAGCGCUUGUUUUCAUUC